AGCUCGUUUCUCGUCGCUCGAAGGUGAACAAAGUCGUUGAUGAGAGCUGCUCGGCUCUCGAGGGAGGGAGGCGUCGGUCGGAGUGCGCGAACGAUGAACGAUGAACGAUGUAGAGAACGAUGGAGAAGGCCGAUUCCUGUGACAAUGGGCUGGACGAUGCUCGCGCGCGCGCGCAAUCGGCCGACAGUCAGAGCAACGAACGAGAACGUGAACGAGAACGAGGACGAAAACGCGAUGGGCGGGCUGGUCGGCCGAAGCCGUUGAGUGCUUUCGGGCCAACGAACGGCAACGGUCGACGAUGAUGAUGUUCGACUGAUUCGGCUCGACUCAUUCAUUCCUCGUUCCCCGAAUUGCAGUCGUCAGCCGUCAUGGAGGCCAAGCGGGAGUACAUGUGUAAGGAACGGAUUGUGGAUCUGGAGUUCAAAAUUUCGCGACUCGGAAUCCUUGGAAAAGCAUACUAUGACUUGGUUCAGAUAAAAUUGAACAGACAUCGCAACCAGAUAAUGCUGGCUCGAACCCAGAAUAUGCUACUGCAUGCUGCUCUCGACACGCUGAGACACAAAGCAUUGAUUGCUCGAAAGAAUCUGGGAGAUCUGGACAAUUUGCGGAAAACAGUGGCCUCUCUUCGAGUCACCUACGACCACCAGAGAAAGCUCGUAUUUUCAAGGCAGAGGAAGUUGGAGGCCCAAGUAACGGACACGCAUUCAGCAGAGCUGGAAUGCGCUGGUGUUCUUGACCCCAACACCCCAGACUUGAUCAGGAUUCGCCGAUUGGAGUCGAUGCUUAGUGCAGUUCGACUGAAAACAAAAGACGUGCAGAUUUUGAUGAAGCACUAUGAGGCGACUUUGAGCCCCAUGAAAGAAGAGUACUAUUCGUAUGGGGCAAAACUGGAGGCUUGUCAAAACGUUUUGAACAUAAAGAAAGUUGAAUGUGAGAGACUCAUCCACUCACAUCAUGAUGCUAUCCGAGCGAGGGACGCUUCUAAAAAGGAGUUGGAAGAGCUGAUUGGACGGCUGUUCGGGAGAGAUGGAAGGGACAUGGUUUCCCCCGAGAUGGAGGCUAACAUACUGGCCGCAAUCAAGGAGAUCAAAAAAGUGAUGGAGGUGCGAAGUAUGCGAGAAAUGUAUCAUCAGUUAUUGCUCCAAGAAAAGCAAUCUGCAUACUUGCAGUCGAUAUACGUCGAACUGAAACGAACAGUUGACCAGCUCAAGAACGACUAUCCUCCGCGGAGGAAAAGCUCGAUCCAGCCUCAUGCUGUCCAACACAUGAUUGAGGGCACUAAGCUCAUAGUGCGAAGGCAAUCAUCACGAAAAGGAUCACUGCCACUCCUUCAAAUCCUUGAAGGAACCCAGAAACUGGUGGAAAGACUGCAUGAAGGAAACCUGACAAUACCGAGUGGAGAAGGCGCAACGAAAGAAGUUUUGACUCUGUGUCAGGAGCGUAUAUCUAAUUUAGUGCAGGCUUUACAUCGCAAAAUGAAGUUCAUGCAAAGAGAAGCUCAUAAAAAAGCGAAGGAGGAAGCAAAAGCCGCUGGAACAGAGUACGAGCGCGAAGCACGAUUCGCAGAGUUUGACAAAGAGGAUGAUGCCCGAAAAGAAGCAAAGGAAAAGCAUAAGGAAGCAAUACGAAGAGAAAUAGCUGCCAGAGCGGCGGCAGCUCAGAUAAAGGAAGAAGAAAGAGAGGCAGCCAAGGAAGUAAGAAGAGCACAAAUAAGAGUAGAAUUGGAACAAGCUCGAGAAAAGUCAAGAAAGGAAGCAGAAGAACAAGCUGAGAAAUUCAGGCAGUGGCAAAAACAGAACGAACCGGCCAGAUCCAGUAUUAAAAAGACAAUCAGUUCAAGUGCUCAGGCUCCUAAAAGUGUAACAAUUGAAGAAAGUAUAACUCAUUCAGUCGAAUCCUUAAUAACGGGACCAACUUUUGAGGGCAUGGAUAAUGUACGAGAGGAUCCGAACAUUACACAAGGUGAUGGAAAAUCUGCAGCCUCGACAGUAGAGGAAGAAGCAGAAGCUCCAGUGAUGGGAUCCACGUCUUAUGACAUUGAUAAAACCCAAUACCCUGCUCCGGCGACGACAGACGAGUCACCUUCUCAGCAUGCAGCACACUCAAGGGUUGAAGCAGAAGUAUCAGCGGAGGCAGCUUCAUCCUCCCAGGACGAGUCAACUUCUCAGCAUGCAGCACACUCAGGGGUUGAAGCAGAAGUAUCAGCGGUGGCAGCUUCAUCCUCCCAGGACGAGUCAACUUCUAAGCAUGCAGCACACUCAAGGGUUGAAGCAGAAGUAUCAGCUGUGGCAGCUUCAUCCUCCCAGGACGAGUCAACUUCUCAGCAUGCAGCACACUCAGAGGUUCAAGCAGAAGUAUCAGCGGUGGCCGCUUCAUCCUCCCAGGAACAUGCCACCACGAUGGAUUCAGCUGUAACACAUCAUGUAUCAGUCCCGACAGCUCCUGUGAGUGCACAAGAAGAGACGAACGAACCGGAAGUCCAGCCAAUAGUUGCCGCUUCUUCCCAAGAACAUGAGGGCGUCGAUGAAACUGCCCCAGCAGAAUAGCUGUCAUCGAUCUUUCGACAUAUAUAUCACAUUCAAAGGCACAAAUAGAGACCGACGAUCCUACCGACCAACGAUCUCUUUUUAACAGAGUAAUGAGCCCAAAGAGAGGGACGGCUCGGGCACUUUCAACUUCCUAACAUGAACGAGGUUCUAAAGCUGAACCGAAACACGGUGAGGUCCCCACGACAGCGGGCCCUCCACUCGUCAGCGUGGAGCUCAGACAAGCGCAGUGGCCAAAGCCCCUGGAGAUUUCCUUUCGUCAACUUCCAACCGGGAACUAGAAAGGGAGGCAGAGUUGUACGAACCAACCUCAAUCCCAGUUAUGAUAGAAGAAGGCGAGAAGGGUCAACGCCCCAUCGACGUCUGACUAUAUGGACCAAAAACGAAGAAAGGCCAAUGAGAAGAUGCUCCACAUGAACGCUCCACACUCGCAUAAAAGACCCAGGCAGACCUCCCGGUCCGUGACAAGAGAGCAGAAGGAUGAAGUAAAGAACAAACCAUCCACAAGUCCAAAUACAUGAGAAAGACGUAUACUCUACAUCAACACGGAGCGUGAUUAGAGAAGAAAAGGUCAUCCGAAACUCUAUAAAGACUAUUGCACAACAUGGCCUGUCCAACUAUGUCACAGCUCGACUGGUUUUGGACUUCAUGGCUAAGGAAGAUACAGAGCCCAAACCAGAAAGGAGACGACGUUUAUACCACCACAAAGUUCGAACUUGCUAAUGCAUUACGCUGAUGGACGUCAGAGGAGCUGAUCUGAUACAACCAGUUUUAGAAGCGAGACCUGUACACCUUCACAGAAGAACCGUAUGAUGGAGGAAGUUAGCUACACCACAUAUCCCUUGACCUUUGUGGACUGCACAAAAAGUCGGUAUUUCAACGAUACUGACUGCAGUGCAUCGGAGACUGACAACCUUAGUGUCUUAUCAGAAUCCACAGCCUCAAGAAAACUUCCAACCAACACGUUCGACACAAUUGAUGAGCUCCAUUUUUUUACCUCCCGGGCAAUUUGACUAAAAAAUUGAUGGUCGAUCAGAAAACAUCGACCUCCCCCCGCAAUUACAACAGCUUGACACUUACAGAAAAACUUCUGGAUACUGCUGUAGGCUCCCGAGCUAAUGAUAGAUUCCAUUACACUACUAUCCACUUCUGUGAACGUUUCACAUCCAACAGAUUUCCCGCAGCACUCGAGAAUGUGCUCAUCACCUAAUGAUGCGGUACUUCCUUUUACACAAGCCCACCGCUGACUGAGAUACGUCCAGAGAGGUAAAGUGCAGUUCAUCAACAAGUUGCGAAAGAUUCUUUCAAGACUGAUAUCGCCCAUACAGCCUACUAUGAGCGGUUACCCGUAAGGACGUAAAAAAAAGUUCCUACUAAUUGGGGAGGUAGUUCUGUCUGUCUAAGCUCUGUCUGUUCUAGGAGUGGCCCAUUCCACACGAAGAAUUAGAUUGUCGUAUCCAUAUCCGUCCAGCUUGUUGAUAGCACGCACAGCAUCCUC